AUGAUCCACAGGGAUGCAGUAUCUUAUAACUCACUGAUCUCUGGGCUAGCUCAGCGUGGGUUUAGUGAUAGAGCAUUGGAAUUGUUCAAAAGAAUGCAGAUUGAUUGUUUGGAACCAGACUGUGUUACAAUUGCUAGUCUUUUGAGUGCCUGCGCAGAUGUUGGUGCUCUGCAUAAGGGUACACAACUCCACUCACUUGCAAUAAAAGCGGGAAUGUCAUCAGACAUCAUCCUUGAAGGCUCUCUGCUUGAUCUUUAUGUGAAAUGCUCAGAUGUGCAAACUGCCUAUGAAUUUUUCCUUACUACAGAGACAGAAAAUGUUGUCCUGUGGAAUGUGAUGUUAGUUGCUUAUGGUCAGCUAGAUGAUCUUAAUGAAUCAUUUCAUAUUUUUAGGCAAAUGCAUAUUGAGGGCAUGAUUCCUAAUCAAUACACCUACCCUAGUAUUCUGAGAACCUGUACCUCUGUCGGGGCUCUCAAUUUAGGAGAACAAAUACAUACUCAAGUCAUAAAAACUGGUUUUCAUUUCAAUGUUUAUGUCUGCAGUGUGCUUAUUGAUAUGUAUGCUAAGCAUGGGGAAUUGGAUACUGCCCUGAAAAUUCUCAGUAGACUCACUGAGGAUGAUGUUGUGUCUUGGACUGCUAUGAUCGCAGGGUAUGCACAGCAUGAUUUAUUUUCGGAAUCUCUUAUACUUUUUGAAGAAAUGCAAAAGAGAGGAAUUCGAUCUGACAACAUAGGAUUUUCAAGUGCAAUAAGUGCAUGUGCUGGUAUUCAAGCACUCAAUCAAGGAAGACAAAUUCAUGCUCAGUCGUGUGUCUCUGGUUGUUCAGAUGACCUGUCAGUUGGAAAUGCACUUGUUACCCUGUAUGCCAGAUGUGGUAGAAUAUGGGAAGCAUACCAUGCAUUUGAGGCAAUUGAUGCUAAAGAUAAUAUAUCAUGGAAUGGAUUGAUAUCUGGGUUUGCACAGAGUGGGUACUUUGAGGAAGCACUGCAGGUAUUUAAUCGGAUGAAUAAAGCUGGAGUAGAAGCUAAUUUGUUCACAUUUGGCUCUGCAAUUAGUGCUGCUGCUAAUUUAGCAAUAUAA